AUGGCAUCACCACAGCGCCUGAGCCUCCAGCUCGAGGAGCCUGGAGACGACCCACUCGCGGAUCAAGUCUUCGACAUUCUUCAACGUGCCUUGCAGCAGCCGGACGGAGAAGUGUCCCUGGAAACUGCAGCAGAGCAGAUCACAGCCCUUCUUCCCUGUGGACGACCCUACUCCACCGAGGUCGCCAUUUUUCUCAUGACGUGCUGCGAGGUUGCCGAGCAGAUCCCAUAUUCCCAUGCUUCGAUGAUCAGACUCGUCACGAUCAUCGACUCGUGCCUACAUUCUUCGAGGUUUGCCACCAAAGAUGAUGGUGGCGAGACUGAUGCCACGCUGCGAUAUCAGACACUGUCGGAGACACUACGCGAUUGGUGGAACAGUGAGCUUUCUGCAACAUCUGGCGUCGUAGUACGAUGUUGGCGCUGA